GUGUAUGUCACAAAAACAGCUUCUGCGCUUUCGUCUGUAGCACUUUGUACUUUGAGGCAUGGAGAGCGUGGUGGAGAUGUUACUGUGGGCCUGGAUUAUCCUGGACUUGGGAGUGUGCUCAGUCUCACUGCCAGAAAUCACUGAUGGAAAGUUCAUUGAUGAGUGUGUGAGGGAACACAACAGGGCGCGGUCGUCUGUCAGUCCCCCUGCAAGUGACAUGCUGUACAUGACAUGGGAUGAGGGCUUGGCCAUCACUGCAAGAGCAUGGGCAAGACACUGUGUGUUUGAACAUAAUGGAUACCUCAAAGAUGUCCGCCGCGUGCACCCUACUUUCUCCUCUGUAGGAGAAAACAUAUGGACUAGCAGCUCACCCCAUUUUGAUGUGUCGAGGGCCAUAAAAGGGUGGGUGGAUGAAAAACAAGACUAUGACUACAACCGCAACAUCUGCACAAACAUCUGUGGCCACUACACACAGGUUGUGUGGGCAAGCAGCUUCAAGGUUGGUUGUGCCGUCCAACUGUGCACGAAUGGAGUCAAAUACACCAGCUUUGCUGACAAAGAGGGUGUCCUUUUUGUAUGCAACUAUGCUACAGCGGGGAAUGUGAAUGGAGGGCGACCAUAUGAAUAUGAAGGGGCAGUCUGCUCUAAAUGCAAAGGCACCUGUGUUGAGAAUCUCUGCCGUAGCCAAGAACGAGAUUCACAGAAAAGUUACAACUGGACCCCAGACUGGGACCCUGCCCUGGCUACCGGUGGCUCCAACUAUGUGACUGUUUUGGUUGUCCGACCUAUUGCCCUAAUCUUCACCUUCAUCACAGCAUAUGCAGUCCACCACUUUUAUCCCGAUGUCUUCUGCUAUGAAUAGACCACUGUGGUGACCUGACAGAUAUGGAUUAAUUCAGCCAAUGCUGAAAUGAAGAGGCAAGUUUAAUUAAACCUGUCUAUAGACAGCUUUUAUGCACCAUCAGAGCUGUAGAUAAACUGUCAAAAAGCACAUGUAUUUUACCCUCUAACUUCU